CGGCUACGGCGAUGUCUGCUAUCAAGAACGUGAUCUUGCUUGGGGCUGCAGGCGAUCUUGGCAAAUACAUCUAUGCCGCGCUGGUAGAUGCAGAUUUUGAUGUAACAGUAAUUUCGCGUCCAGAGUCCAACAGCAUCUAUCCUGCCUCUGCACGCGUUAUCAAAACCGAAUAUAGCCUUGAAGGUCUGACCGAAGCCUUUCGAGGCCAUGAUGCUGUCGUCAGCUCUAUUGCUGUACCUGCUGCUUUUGCUCAGUUCGUCAUGAUUGACGCGGCUAUAGCUGCUGGGGUCAAGCGGUUCAUCCCGAGCUACUUCGGCUACGCAGUAGACAAAACACCGCUACCGGAAAUGGAACCUUUCAGUGCCCCGAAAACAGAAGUGCUAAAAUAUCUCGAGGACAGGGUUGUUGCUACUGCCGAGCCCGGCCUCACCUACAGUAGUGUCGCAUGUGGCGUAUUUAUCGACUGGGCGAUGAAAAAAUUUCCCGUCAUCGGUGGCUAUCAGAAAGAGCGCCGAAUGAACAUAUUCGACUCCGGGAAUGCAACUUUCACGGGUACUACGAUGGAGGGGAUUGCGACAUCUGUCGCCGGUAUCCUGAAGAAUCCAGGACCAACAGCAAAUCGCCAUGUCAAGGUCCGCUCUAUUCAGACAUCCCAAAACGAAAUUGUUGCGGCAUUCGAGAAGGUCACUGGCCAUGAAUGGACCAAAACAUACCUUGACAGUGAAGAAACUUACGCAGUGGCUAAGGAGAAGUUAAAGGUUAAUGAUCGGUCCGCUAUCCUCGAUCUGCUCUCUGUAGUACUCUUUCGAGACGGUGGUGGACAAGGUAUCGUAGCAUCGAGAGAAGCGUCGGACAAUGAGAUGGUUGGACUACAGGAAGAAGAUAUUGAAACAAUAGUCAGGCGCGUUCUGAAUCCCAACGAGCUCCCGAUGUGAAGUCAUGGGAAUCAAGCUGAAAAGCAACCCAAAGUCGCUCUAGGCUACAUCUGCGAGGCUGAAUACAUCAGGUAGUUUUAUGGGUCUAUGUGGGUAAGAUGUGUGCACCGGCCGCUGUUGGUGUCAGCAGAGCCUGGGAGCUACGGGACGAAUGAGAGGGUCCAAUAUAGCUAUACGACAUCGUUCUAGAAAUCCGAUUGCGUCUUUCUGGCGAUAUGGCAAGAUAAGACAAGGUGUGGCGCCUGGCAUAGACGAAGUGAGUACGAUGCCUGAAAUUCAUCUUAAUAGCUUACGUCGACCGCUGGUCAAGAAGUAUGUCUUGGC